AUGAAAAGUAUCCAGGACCAGUACUUCGAUCUACUAAACGACCUCAGAAAUAAGAAGGAAGAACUGGCAGACACAGACACUUCCAAUCUAGAUAACAUAAUUGCGAAAACAAAUACUUUGUUCACGGAUAUAACAACUUCAGCGGAGCUAAAACUUGAUGCUAAAAUAUCGGCGGAGGCCGUGAAUCUUUCAUCGCUCACAUUCGAGAAGAAACUUAGAAACAGGAAGGUUACAACCAUGUCGUUUAUAAACAACUUGAACAAAGGAUUAAAGAAGAACAUUGGUGAUGAGCAGUGUGCAGAAAGAUACAACAGGAAAAUGCACAUCUUGUUUGGGAGCUUGGAACAGAGAUUCUACGGCAUAACCUUCAAACAUCAUUACGGCCUGGCGGUGAACGACCGAUUAAGAAGGAAAAGAGAGGCGAAGGUGGAGGAACAAGACAGAAAGAGUACAAAAAUAGAGCACAAGAGAAUAAAAGAUGACAACUUCGCACACAAGAUCGAUAAAAUCACGGAUGCGAUCGGUAAUCAAAAGAUAGACUACUACAGACUGGUUAUAAAUCCUGACUCGUUCACGAGAACGAUCGAAAACAUUUUUUAUCUCUCCUUCGCAAUCAAACUGAAAAAAGUAAAGUUUUGCUUUGAAAAUAGGAGAAUACUCAUUGCAAAGACCGACGGUGAGCAAGAGCAGGGCGAAAAAGAAGUUAACCAUUUUAUUAGCAGCAUAGACUACGUGGAGUACAAGAGGAUAAUUCAUAACCUUAACAUAGACAAGCCGUUCCUUCAAUAAUUUGCGUGCGCCUGUUCGAUCGCAAUUUUACAUCUCAUUUUCAUCUAUCAGCCUGCU